AUGGUGAGGCGGGACGGCUCGGUGUUCUGGUGUCCCGUGCGUGUGUGUUGGCUGAGCCGUGGGGGGGACUCGGGGGGAGGGGCCGCGGAGUGCGUUCGUUUUGGGGUGUCGGGGCUGUGCUGGGGGGGUGGGAUGUGGCGAGGUUGUCCGUUCCGAGGGGGGUGUGAGGCGCGCUGGGUGGGCGCUUUGCCGGCGCGGCCUUGUAUUGUUGGGGGGACGCAGCGGGCGGCGGUAGGGUGGGGGGGGGGGGCUUCUCUGUGGCGCGGGGGCGGGGGUGGGGUGGGGGGGGGACGACGGGGGCCGCCGGGUGGGGCGGCGCCGUGGUGCGGGGUCGCGGGCGGUUGGGCGUCGGAUGCGGCGGGGUAA